UGUACUAGUUUUGUAAAAGUUCUGUUGAUAGUUACACACUUUUCUUAGUAGUUUUAUUACGCACUAAACACCAGAAAAUUCACCAAAAUGGCAGGGCUGAAUGUCGACGAUGUGAAGGUGUCGCUACAAAAGUUUGGACUGUACGACUAUGUGGUGUUUGUGCUUAUGCUACUGAGCUGUGUAAUGAUUGGCAUCUAUUUUGGCUUCAUGAAAAAGAAAGCCAAAAAGGGUGAAGCGGAGGCAGAUUACUUAGUGGGAAAUCGGCAGAUGAAAAUCAUUCCAGUGUCGUUAUCGUUGAUAGCAAGCUUCAUCUCGGGCAUAACACUUCUUGGUACACCGACCGAAAUUUAUCUCUACGGAGUUCAGUACAUGUACAUCGUUGGCGGAGUUAUAACCAUGGGUUUCAUCAUGAUGUACUUCUACCUGCCCGUGUUUCACAACCUAAAGCUAACCUCAACCUAUCAAUACCUUCAAACCCGGUUCGACAAACGAAUGCGUCUGUUCGGUUCAAUUCUUUUUACCUUGGCCACGAUGGCGUGGCUGCCCAUAGUGAUCUACGUGCCGGCUUUAGCGUUCAACCAGGUGACGGGCAUCAACGUGCACCUCAUCACGCCGAUCGUGUGUGUCAUCUGCAUUUUCUACACCUGCGUCGGUGGGCUGAAGGCCGUCGUGUGGACCGAUGUUAUCCAGACCGUGCUCAUGUUCGGUGCGAUGCUGCUGAUUAUCGUCAAAGGGACGUAUGACGUGGGCGGUUUGUCGGUGGUGAUGGAACGAGCCACAGCCAGCGGACGAAUCGAAGGUCCGGAUCUACGCUUCGAUAUAACUACACGCCACAAUAUCUACUCUUGCGUGAUCGGCGGUGUCGUGUACUGGCUUAAAUCGAACGCCGUCAGUCAGAACAUGAUCCAACGUUACCUGUCACUGCCUUCGUUGGCGGCGGCGAAGAAAGCACUCUGGACGUUCAUCUUUGGAACGCUGGUGCUGCUCUUCCUCUGCUGCUACAGUGGACUGCUGAUCUACGCCAAGUACUACGACUGCGAUCCGCUCACAACAAAGCUGGCAAAGGCCAAGGAUCAGCUGCUUCCGCUGCUAGUCAUGGACACACUGGGAGACUUUCCGGGUCUUCCGGGGCUGUUCGUAGCUGGAGUUUUCUCGGCCGCCCUAAGCUCACUUUCAACCGGUUUGAACUCCAUGUCUGCCGUGGUGUUGGAGGACUUUUUCAAACCAUUCUCGAAUCGUCCGCUGACGGAAAAACAAACCUCGAUCAUCAUGCGAGCCGUUGUUGCCGUAUUUGGAGCAAUCUGUGUAGUUCUUGUGCUGGUUGUCGAAAAACUUGGCUCAGUUCUGCAACUCUCGAUGAGCCUUGGAAGCGUCAGCAAUGGUCCACUACUUGGCAUAUUCACCUUAGGCGUGCUAAUUCCAUGGGCAAAUGGAACGGGUGCAAUUGUCGGUGGAGCAGUCGGACUGGCUGUUAUGAUAUGGAUCUGUCUUAAGGCACAGCUGGCCAUUGCCAGUGGAGAAAUGGCAUUUGAACUGAAACCAGUUGAUACGCAGGGCUGCAGUUAUCACUUUAUCGCCAGUGAACCGAUGAGCAUGCUUGCAAUCAAUACGACUGCUCCAUCAAUCGAUUCUACACCAAUUGAACCAGAGUUUGCAAUCUACCACAUAUCCUACCUGUGGUACACGAUGAUAGGAGCUCUGGUGACAAUCAUUGUGGCGGUCAUAGUUUCCUUCAUCGUAGGGGCUAACAAUCCGGACGACAUGAAUCCGAAUCUCUUCUCACCGUUCAUACAACGCAUCCUGACCCGGCGUCGGAUAGCCGCUCGGACAGACCUUCAACUGAUGACGGGAGGCAUCAAAGAGUUUAGCCAGUGAUUGAUUCAUGGAUUGCGCGAAUUCAAUCUGGCUCGAAAAAUGGCGAUGAAUUUUUCAUCCCGUCAUGCCCGGCUUGCCGAGAAAUUAAACCACUUUGAAAAGUAUGCAAUCAUCCAGUUGAAUUGGGGUUUUCUUUUCCAUCCAAGGCCUCAUUCUCCCACAAGAAUCUUGACAGGAUAAAAUAA